CCAACCUUCUGGAGCACGAAUGCAACUGUGAACCUCGAACGAACAUGGGCUCUAUCACUGUAGCCAUCGCUGGUGGCACCGGAAACCUUGGCUACAAGAUUGUCCAGGCGCUGUUGUCAGACCAACUGCGCCCGCGCUUCCGCGAGCUGGUCGUCUUGGCUCGCAACGAGUCAGAGAAAACCGCCAGCCUUGAAUCAAAAGGAGCAACAAUUAGGCUGUACUCCGAGGGUAACCUCAAGUCUGCCCUUGAAGGAGUCAAUGUCUUGAUCAACACAGUCGGUGCGACAGGCCACCAUUUCAAAGAGCAGCUGCUCCGCGCCCUGCCGCAAUCCUCCGUGAAGCUCUACUUCCCAUCCGAGUUUGGGGUUGAUCACUACGUGCACGACUUUGCGCACGACGAGUGGGAUGCCAAGAAAAAUCACAUACGCCUGGCCGAGGAGCUGAUCCCUGAGAUACGCGUUUGCCGCGUCUUCCCCGGCCUCUUUCUGGAGGACUCGGUUGGGCCUUGGUUUGGCUUCCACACAAAGCUGAAUAAGUACGAGGCUGUGGGCAGCCCGGACGAGCCGACGUCCUACACAAGCAUGCACGACGUGGGACGCGCCCUCGCUGCUCUGGCGGUGUUGCCUCCCGGUGAAGUUCCUGAAAAGGUGCACCUCGCUGGCAGCACCAAAUCAGUCGCAGAGAUCGCCAGGAUUAUGGAGCAGGCGAGCGAGGACCAGAAGCCGAUCGAGGUUACGACCCUUGAUUUGCACCCCUACAAGGCCAAUCUUUUAGCCAACCCGGAGCCGAUGCCUGAGAAGUACCUACGGUUCUUGAUGGGGGAGGGUCUUAUCAACCACACUGCCGGUGGUCUUGGGAACGAUAAUUCGAUUAUGGAAGGGGAUGGGGGCUUUGAAAGGUGGAAGUCGAUGAAAGAUUUGGCUCUCGAAACCAAAGGCAAGCCUUGGGCUGACUAUCAGUAA